CAUUAAGGUUGGUAAGCUCAUUAAAUCUUGUUCCUAACGAUUGUCGACCAAUAAUCCUGUCUGUUGGCCAUGUAACCCCCUUUUAUAAGUCAUUUCUCUCGCAGAAAGAUCCUGUGACGUCUGUCAACGAAUGUCUGCCAAAGGUUGAGUCCGACCAGCACCUCUCCAUCCUCUUCCAGAGUGGCGGUCAAUUUGGUUGGACCACUGUCUCCCCCAUCCUCAGAAGGCCACAGGUACAUCCUCACUUUAAUCGACUACGCCACUGGGUUCCCAGAAGCCGUGCCACUGACGGAAAUAGACUCCAUCUCCGUUGCUGAGGCCUUACUCUCCAUCUUCGCUAGAGUCGGUAUACCAUGAGAAAUUCUCACUGAUCAAGGUACCCAAUUUACAUCUCGAUUAAUGCAAGAACUUCAAGUUGUUAGUCAAUCCUUUAUUUACCACUCUAAUUUCAUCCUAGCACUAAUUGGUCGCAUUGAACGUCUACAUGCGCCACUUAGAGCUUCCAUACGAAAGCUCUGUAAGGACCGUCCUCGAGUGGCACAGAUACUUUAUUCCUACAUUAUUCGCCCUCAAAUACCCAGCGAUAGAACCGGUUUCUCCGCCUUCGAACUUCUCUAUGGAAGGACUGUUCGGGGACCUCUCCGCCCUUAGAGAUCUAUGGGAGGACCGGAACCUGAAGGACGACGACCGAUCCGCUUUCCGCUACGUGGUAGAGCUACAGAAGAAGCUAGCAGAGACCGCGCAGAUCGCCGCCAACAAUGCAGACAUCGGUGCCUCGAAAUAUAAGACCUACUUUGACAUCAAGAGUCAAGAUUGCCAGUUGCAACCUGGCGAUGAAGUCCUUCUUCCCAGCGAUUCCAGCAAGCUUCUUGGAAAGGACCUUGUACAGUUUUAGAGCGACGAGGUAAGGUUGAUUACCUAAUUGAUUGUCCCCAAGGUCCGAGAUUGUACCACGUCGACCUCUUAAAACGUUACAUCCGUCGUGCUAGUUUUGCCGAAGUCUUAGACGAAGUGUCAACACCUGAAGAGACCGAGUCGGAAACACCCGAAGCGGAAGAGUAUGUCCCGGAGAACAACCACCUUAUUUGUGAAGACGACGUGAAGACGACCCCGAGGACGAGUGCUACUCUUUGCCAGUGACACCUGAUGGCUGCUCUGACAAGGAUAGACGAUCCAGGAUCAACCUGAAUUUAACUUCAAAACCAGCUGACAUCGAGUAUCUCUUGUCAGUUUGACGAUGUUUUCUCUGAUGUUCCUGGGUGUACAUCCUCUGUUGAACAUAGUCUUAACUACCACUGGCUGCAUCAGCACAAAGAUUUACCCUGUCCUUGUCCAUCUAAAACGUUUCUUUGAACAGGAAGUCUCUGACCUUUUUGAGAAAGGAAUCGUACGACGGUCUUCUCAACAUUGUUCGCCAGUCGUGAUGGUUCCUAAGCCAGACAACACUUAUCGGAUGGCCAUCGACUACCGUCAACUCGACAGCUACAGUCUUCUAGGCUGAGCCCAGCUGCAACAUUGAGGAAGAUAUGUACAAGUUUUCCAGUUCAAGAUUCUUCCCCUGAGUUGGAUCUCUGCAAGGCUUAUUACCAAGUCCCUUUGACAGAGAGAGCCAUGCUGACAGCCUUCCCAACCCACUCGGGCCUAAUGGAGUUCACCAGACUACCUUUCGGCCUGGUCACUGCUUGGGCCACCUAUAUCAAGCUCUUGCGCAUUGUUCUCUCGAGACGCGCAAACAUGGUAUUUUAUUUUGAUGUUUUCAUAUACUCUCUUCAGACUGGGCCCUGCAUAUAAAGACCCUUCAUGCCGUACUGGACAGGAUCAGGACCCAUGGACUUAGACUCAAGAUCUCCAAGUGCCAUUUUGGAUUCCCUUUCAUUUUAUACCUUGGAUUCAUUUUGGGAGGUGACUGUCUUCAACCCCAGCCUGACAAAGUGGAAGCGCUCUGCAAGAUACCACCACCGUCCACUAAGAAACUUCUGCGAGGAUUUAUUGGAAUAGUGAAUUUCUACAAGUCUUUUAUCACUCAGGCAUCCUUCCUCACUGGCCCUCUGACUGAUCUGCUAAAAAUGACUGUUCGUGAGCCCCUUCCCUGGACGGACGAGUUGCAGGCCUGUUUCGACCAGCUCAAAUUAAUCCUCUUCUAACCCCAUACUUCGUCUCCCUGAUCCUAGCCGUCCUUUUGUACUUAGGACGGACGCUUCCACCCGAGGGAUUGGAGCGGUUUUACUUCAAUAUCAUCUUGGCAUUCCUCAUCCGGUUGCGUAUGCUAGCAGAAAACUGCUCCCCAGGGAAACCCGGUAUUCUACCAUUGAGAGGGAAUGCCUAGAAGGCAUCGUAUUCCCUAGGAGUGGUGUUCUACAAGACUACCGUGGCUAGUCUCUUGGAGAGGGGAGUAGUGUAAAGGGCAGAACGCCACCUGACCAUCACCCCUCGUUCUGGAUCGUUCGGCCACUCCCGAGCGACACAUCGGUCAUUUCUCUCUGCCACGUAUGUCUCGAGAACCCUUCUU